AUGGCAUUCCAAGCCCAACCCAAUCCCCUUCCACCAACCUCCAUUCACUCGACAACCAGCAUCAGCCCUUCAGCCGCCGAAAAGUUCUUAGCCGCCUUCCUCGAGCGCGCCAACGGCGACCCGUCCUACCAACCCGACAGCACCCUCUCCGCGCAUGGCCCCGUCUCGGCAAACCCCGACACGGCACUCGACCCGAUCAUCCACAGCUUAAAGCGCGUGCAUGCGGGUCUAACCGGCAAACGUUUGGGAAGGGACAUCGUUUUAGAGCGCCGCUUGGAGGAGGGCGAGCAGCGAGCAAACGCAUUUACGGACGGGGAGGACUGGGGAGGCGAGCGGAAACGAAAGAGGGUUUCUAAGGGUGGGAAGCAGGAUGUCGAAUGGCAGGAUCUCGGGAGUUUUGAGCGGGAGCAGGUCGAUUUGGUGGAGGGUGUUGAAGGAGAGGGCGACGAGGAUGUAGGGGCUACAGUCGUUGAGGGUGAUGUGGGAGACGAUGACGCCUCGGUGAUAGAAAUUACUGUCGACAAAGAAGAGCGCAAGCGGAAGAAGAAAGAGAGGAGGAAGGCCGAACAGAGAGCUCGAGCCUCAGCUGCAAGCUGA